GCUCAUUCUAACAUCGUCGUAAUAGGCUGCUUCUAGCCCCAAGAAACUAGAAAUAGUCGGUUUGGCGGGUGCUUUUCAUCCUCUGGGAAUGGCCUUCUUUCCAUAUACAGAUCCCGACCGACCAGUUCGUAUUUUGGUGGUCAAUCAAGCCAACUCCUCAUCUUCGUCUGUUGAAGUAUUUGAAGUCAAGGCGUCUGGAAGCAAGCUGGUACACCUUCGAACGAUUACCGACCCUUUAUUCAAAAACUUGUAUCGUCUUACGGCUGACCCUCUCCAGUGGAGUAUUGACGAAAAACUUCCUGUGCCUAGCUUUUGGGUGGUACAACACCAUGGUUAUGACCAAACGGAGCGCCCUCGUAGACGCUACUUUGAGGACAAGCUUGGAUUGUCUGCUGCUACUGCAAUCUACUAUAAUACUCCUGCCGAGUCUGCCGAAGCUAACCUUUGGUACCUAUCAUCCCCAUCAGGCAUUAUAGUUGAUACGAAGGAGAAAACAAAACGCAGGGUCUAUGUAGCGAACUCUGGCUCUGGUUCGGUAGAGAUUCACAGAAACACGCUUGUAUCGCCGGAGAACCAACUUAAAACAGUUGAGGACAAACGCACAGGACAAUUGGGCAAAGUGUACUGGCCAUCCAUGAUCCAUCAAGAAUCAUCACACUUCGAUGCCUACCCUUACGGCAUCGAACUAGCAUUCCUUCCCAAUGACGAGCAGAAAGAUGGCUCGACUGCCACCUUCACUGUCGCUUUACCUCGAUUUUAUGAACUGUUAGAUAUCGCAAAGGACUCCGCGAAAAGGCAAAAUGUGUCGGACAAACGAACCGGGACUAGAGUUUACAGAAGUUUCCCUGAGUUGCGAUGGAGAAGUUCGCAUCGCGCUGUUCUUCCAGAGGAGCACGAUUUAGUCCCUAAUUUUGAAGAGGUUACGUUCUGGGCUUCGGUGCAAAAGCUUAUUUACAACAAUGAAGACGGUUCGCUGUUCUCGGGAGCAACCUCAGUGGCUGUUAGUGAAGACGAUAACAAAAUGAUACUGGCUGGAGCCUACGAGGAAGGAAUUCUUGUGUGCUCUUUAUAAUAGACAUUAUAAUUUUCUCAUAAAAAGUUUACAAUUGGGCCAUACUUUCGAGCCAAACCUUUCCCCCCUCACGCAUCUUUCAAGGGCCCAAUGACCUCAUUGUUGAGAAUAAUUCUUUUACCUGGAUUCAAGUGAUAAGCUUUCGCCUACCAUGGCAUAUCUGACCCCAAAGCUACUGCUU